UGUCCCGUUGCAGGCUGUAGCAAAGCCUUUACGCGUGCGUAUAACUUGCGAUCGCAUCAACGAACGCAUACGAAUGAACGACCCUUCUUGUGUGAAGUGUGUGGCAAGGCGUUUGCACGGCAGCAUGACAGAAAGAGACAUGAAGCGUUGCAUUCAGGUGUCAAGGCGCAUGCGUGUCCGGGUUGUAACAAGAAGUUUGCUCGGAUGGACGCGUUGAGUAGGCAUUUCAAAAGC